AAAAAUUCAUCGACAUUGACACUCUUUCAUUUCUAAUUCCCCGCCACCAUAAUCUCUCUCUCUCUCUCUCUCUCAACUGUGACUCGGUUGCACCGCGGUCUCACAUCUCGAUCCAAAAACCUCACCGCUCUCCAACUCAAUCGCAUCCAAUCCAAAUUCGUUUCCGUUCCCAAUUUCACCCCCGCAAAUCAAGGAAAAAUAAAAGAGACCCACACAUCAUCAACAUGCGAAUCAUCGCCUCUAUCAAUCGGUUCCGACGUACCACCGUCUGCCCCAACCCUCAACCAAUCACCAAGCACCACCAAAACCACCAACAAUGGAGAAGAAUCUACACUCGAACGCAUCACCACCUCGGUAGUUUUGUUAGGGUUUCGAAAACCCCUCGCCGUUUCUGCUUUUCAUCAGUUCCUUCCCAUUCGUAUUCUUCUUCGUCUAGUUCUGAUUCGAGGAUGGGGUUUCUGAAAUGGUACUUGGGCAUGCUCGAGUCUCGUCCUGUCAUCACAAAAGCUAUCACUUCUUCACUUAUUUACACUGCUGCCGACUUGACAUCACAGAUAAUUACGUUGCCACCUGCUGGUUCGUUUGACUCAGCAAGGACAUUGCGCAUGGCUGGAUUUGGGAUGCUUCUUGUAGGGCCGUCACAGCACUUGUGGUUUAACUUCAUAGGAAGAAUCCUACCAAAGCGAGACGUAGUAACUACCUUGAAGAAACUGUGUAUGGGACAGGCUCUCUAUGGACCCUGCCUUAAUGGUGUUUUCUUCUCCUACAAUGCAGCUUUACAAGGUGAAAGUGGGAACGAGAUUGUAGCCAGAUUGGAGCGAGAUCUUCUUCCAACAUUGAUGAAUGGUCUUAUGUUCUGGCCGAUGUGUGAUUUUCUUACUUAUAAAGUCAUUCCUGUCCACUUACAGCCAUUGAUGAAUAGCUGUUUUUCGUACAUUUGGAGCAUAUAUCUGACGUACGUGGCUAGCUUGAAGAAAGCGAGUAUUGAUUAGUUAUCGAGUCUGUUGAGUUCUGCAAGAUCUGCAGAAUUAGAAAGGAAAGAAGAGAAAAAUGACCUAGAUGGAAGAGAUACUAGCAGAUUUUUGACCCUCUCCAUAGUUGCAGGUUCUUUCACUUCCAGUGACGGAGAAUCACAGUUCCGUUUUUGAAUUUUGUUAUUCAUAAGUUGCCUGUACAUAAUUCCUUGUUAUUUGAGUGAACGAUUGAAAUGACUGAGAAAGAGCAAAACUCAGAAAGCUGAAGUUCUUUGAUAUUAGGUUAA